AUCCAGAAAAACUUCAGAAAUCACAAAGAACGUUUAAUAUCAGAAGCACUUCAUAUCAAGUGGAAUCAAAAUUGCCUGAAUAGGAAUGAUGGACUAAAACAGAAUCUGACCUGGUUACAACACCUCCCUCCCCCCCCAUCAAGUGACAAAACCAACACGAAUGUGAUAAGCACUUUCAUUAUGUAAACACACGCUGCUUUUAUAAUCUCAUACACUUAUCAAAUCCAACAAUCUACACAUGAUGAUUUUGUUAUCUUUACCAAUUCACCAACUUAACAACUAAAAAUGCCCCAGACAGACGAACGAUGAUCAAAGGACCAUUCAGUGUUAUACGACGUUGUACGCAUAAAGAGACUGGUGUUGAAUAUGCAGUGAAAAUAGUUGAUGUUGUGAAGUUUACAAGUAGUCCAGGACUUUCUACAGCAGAUUUAAAACGUGAAGCGAGUAUUUGUCAUCUGUUGAAACAUCCACAUAUUGUUGAAUUGGUAGAAACAUACAGUAGUGAUGGAAUGCUGUAUAUGAUAUUUGAAUAUAUGAAAGGUGCUGAUCUUGCAUUUGAAAUUGUCAAGCGUGCAACAGCUGGUUUUGUGUAUAGUGAAGCAGUAGCAAGUCAUUAUUUAAGACAAAUUCUUGAAGCGAUACGUUAUUGUCAUGAGAAUAAUAUUAUACAUCGUGAUUUAAAACCACACUGUAUUGUAUUGGCGAGUAAAGAGAAUUCAGCACCAGUUAAACUUGGCGGUUUUGGAUUAGCUACUCACCUAAAUUUAGAUACAAAUCAAGUUAGUGGAGAUUCACCGAUUACUGUUGAUCAGGAAAUAUUUGUUUCUUUACGUCCAGAUCAGUGUGGUCGUAUAGGUACUCCACAUUAUAUGGCGCCGGAAAUGAUUCGUCAUGAACCUUAUGGUAAAGCUGUUGAUGCAUGGAGUUGUGGUGUUCUCCUAUUUGUCUUGCUAAGCGGUUCUUUACCAUUCUAUGGGACAAGAGAUGUUCUUUUUACACAAAUAGUUUCUGGACGUUACCAUCGUCAGCCUCAAGUAUGGAAUAUGAUAUCACCAGAGGCAAGAGAUUUAGUCACACGUUUACUUGAAACAGAUCCAACACAACGGUUAACUAUUGAAGAAGCAUUACGUCAUCCAUGGAUAAGUCAAAAAGCUCGUGCCUCGAAAACUCAUCUACAUGAAACAGUUGAAGAAAUGAGACGAUUUAAUGCAAGACGUAAACUGAAGGGUGCUAUAUUAGCCGCUGUAUCAAGUACAAAAUGGGCAAGUUUUUAUACAGAACCAAAUAUUCAAUCAGAUGAUGACAUCUUAGAUGAAGAUGAUGAAGUAACUUCAGCAGCUGUCAGUGCAGUAUUGGACAGUUUCGAGGAGAUGCAAUGCCUUACUGAAUGUUUUGAAAAAGAUACAGAUCUGUUUCAACCAGUAUUUGAAGAUGAACACUUACAUUGUUUAUUAGAGUUGUACGAUCAUAUAAAUACUCAAUCACCUGGUAGUGAUUUCCGCGUUCCUGCCGAUGCAACAGAAAAAUGGGCUGAGGUUUUAUCAGAAUUAAACAUAUUGAAUAAAACAGAACUUGGAUCAACAGCUGAAGAGUUAAGAUUUUAUAUGAAACAACCUCAUUUUCGAGCAUUACUUCAAACCUAUGAUGUAAUAGCUCAAGAAGUUUAUGGUCCUGAAGCUAUCCGUGUUACCCCACCACCAUUGUCAUCCUUCUUAAAUGGAGAUGAAGAUGAUCAUAUGGAAUCAGAUACAGAACAACCACAAGUCACACGUGUCCGAUUGGUACAAUUUCAAAAGAAUACAGAUGAACCAAUGGGUAUAACUUUGAAGCUGAAUGAAGAAAAUAAAUGUAUUGUGGCAAGAAUUCUAUACGGUGGAAUGAUACAUAGACAGGGUACUUUACACGUCGGAGAUGAAUUACGUGAAAUUAACAAUGAACCAGUAGCUGGUCGAUCAGUUGAACACUUACAACGACUGUUGCGUAAUGCUCGUGGAAAUGUUAGUUUAAAAAUUAUUCCAAGUUAUCGAACACACCCAUUGCAAUGUGAAAUAUAUGUUCGUGCAAUGUUUGACUAUAGUCCUGAAAAUGAUGACUUAAUACCAUGUACCCAAGCUGGUAUACACUUUCAUGUUGGUGAUAUUUUACAAAUUAUUAGUAAAGAUGAUCAUAAUUGGUGGCAAGCUCGUUUAUGGGGUUCUGAUUUCCAAGCACCAGCUGGUCUAAUACCUAGUCCAGAAUUACAAGAAUGGCGUAUGGCUAAUAAAGCUGCUGAAUUAUCACGUGAAAUGGGUAUAACACAUUGUGGUGCUUGGUUAAAGCGUAGAAAACGUCAAUUCAAAGAUAAAUAUGCUAAAGGCAAACAUGCAACAACUAUCUAUGAUCAACUGGAUUUAGUCACUUACGAAGAAGUCGUUCGAUUACCACAGUUUCGUCGUAGAACACUUGUAUUACUUGGUGCACAUGGUGUAGGACGACGUCAUAUAAAGAACUGUUUAAUUCAAUCAGCCCCGGAUAAAUUUGCUUAUCCUAUACCUCAUACAACUCGUUCACCGCGUAAAGAUGAAGUCAAUGGUAAAAAUUAUUAUUUCAUAUCACAUGAUGAAAUGAUGCGUGAUAUAGCAAGUAACGAGUAUUUAGAGUAUGGUGCACAUGAAGGUGCAAUGUAUGGCACUAAAUUAGAUACUAUAAGACAAAUACAUGCAGCAAGUUUAAUUGCUAUAUUGGAUGUUGAACCACAAGCGCUGAAAAUACUACGUACAGCAGAAUUUGCACCAUGUGUGGUAUUCAUUGCAGCACCAGCGUUAACUGAUAUGACAAAUGGACAGCAUACCGGUAAUAAUACCGCAAGUAGUAAUAAGAAUACAAGUGAUAAUAGUUUAGAACGCCUGGCACGUGAAAGUGCUCUCCUCGAACAACAUUAUAGUCAUUUCUUCGAUUUGAAAAUUGUUAACAAUGAUAUUGAAGAGACAAUUGUUCAGUUGAAACAUGCUAUCGAUGAAUUUCAGACCAGUCCACAAUGGAUACCAGUUACAUGGGUCUACUAG